CACUUCCUCUCGUGUGCUCUCAAUGAAAAUAAAACUAGCAGACAACAAUUUUUCAAGUUAAAAUCGUUUCUGUUGUGGCAGUUUACAGGCUGUAACCAAUACCUUGAAGUCGUCAUCAUUAAUAUGCCUGGGCCAGAGAAAACCGAAAUGUCUGGAUGGCCAGAGGAUGUUGGAAUUAUUGCCCUAGAGAUAUAUUUUCCAUCUCAAUAUGUCGAUCAAACGGAAUUAGAAAAUUUUGAUGGAGUUUCGUCAGGAAAGUAUACGAUCGGUUUAGGCCAAGAUAAAAUGGGAUUUUGUUCGGAUCGGGAAGACAUCAAUACAUUGUGUUUAACAACCGUUCAAAAACUCAUGGAAAGAAAUAAUAUUUCGUACAAUGAAAUAGGGAGACUUGAAGUUGGCACAGAAACAAUUAUUGAUAAAUCUAAAAGUGUCAAAACGGUUCUCAUGCAAUUGUUUGAAGACAGUGAUACAAACAUUGAGGGCAUUGAUACUACAAAUGCUUGUUAUGGUGGAACUGCUGCACUCUUUAAUGCUGCCAAUUGGGUUGAAUCAAGCUCAUGGGACGGACGUUACGCUUUGGUUGUAGCAGCUGAUAUUGCAGUAUAUGCUACUGGUAAUGCUAGAUGUACCGGAGGGGCUGGAGCCGUAGCAAUGUUGGUUGGACCGAAUGCACCAUUAGUUUUGGACAGAGGUGUACGAGGAACACACAUGCAGCAUGUUUACGAUUUCUACAAACCUGAAAUGGCAUCCGAAUACCCAACUGUUGAUGGUAAAUUGUCUAUCCAGUGCUAUCUCAACGCUUUAGAUAAAUGUUAUGAUGUGUAUUCCAGAAAAGCGAUAGCAUCGGGUAUUAAAGAAGGUCCAAAUAUUCUGGACAAUGCAGCUGCAUUUUUAUUCCACUCUCCGUACUGUAAACUCGUUCAGAAAUCCUUCGCUAGGUUGUUGGUAAAUGACUUUAUUAGUGAUUCAAAUCCAGAUUUUCAAGGACUCUAUUCUGGCUUGGAGCAGUUCAAAGAUAUCAAAUUAGAGAAUACCUAUUUUGAUAAACAGGUUGAGAGCAGUUUUGUGAAAGCCAGCCAAAAAAUGUUCGAGCUAAAAACCAAACCAUCUCUGCUAGUGUCAAACCAAGUUGGUAACAUGUACACACCAUCUUUGUAUGGAGGUCUGGCAUCACUUAUAGCCAGCACAACAGCCAAUGAGUUGAAGGGGAAGAGAGUCAUUCUGUUUUCUUACGGGUCAGGGCUUGCUGCUACCAUGUUUUCUGUCAAAGUAUCUGAAAAUGUGACACCAGAUUCUGCUCUUCUAAGACUUUUUGACAGUUUGAGCGAUCUUAAAUGCCGACUCGACGGUCGGACAAAAGUAGACCCUAGUAUUUUCGAUGGCAUCAUGAAGUUAAGGGAACAAACACACCAUUUAGCUCCAUACCGACCAGUAGGUUCCAUUCAAGAUCUGUUCCCAGGAACCUGGUACCUCACAGAAGUCGAUAGCAUGCACAGACGUAAAUAUGACAGAGUACCAAGUGCUCAAAGACUCACAAAAACAUCAGUUGAACAGUCUGAAGUAAACAAUGUCAGUGUUGUGGCCCAUUGACCAUAAGGUUAUUGAACCCAAAACAACCAAAAUUUAAAAAACCAAAAGACAUUUAUUUUAUGUUGUUGCCGUUAGUGAUUUUAUUUUCAUAAAAAGUUCAUUCAUUGUGUUGCAGAUACUCAGAUAGAGUGGGAGUAGGUCUUUUAAAAGACCUCUACGAGUGUGACAGAAUAAAUGCUCUCUAAACCUAAAGAAUAGACGAUGAGGCCACACUAUUUUAAUUUUCUGUUCUUUAGGAACACAAAUUAAAAAUUUUGCCACUAAUUUAAAAACAAAAAUACUUAGUUACUUUACACUUCUAGUUCUAAAUAUUUAAGUUUUGAUAUUUUAAUAAAACAACGCUCACAAGAAUUGAGUGAGUUAUUUAUUGCUCAAAAAACUGAAAAUUAAACUGGUUUGGCCUAAUCAGUGAUUAAUAGAUUUAUUAUAGACAUUUAAGAGUUUCAACAUUUUUAAACAUUUUAACAUUUUUAUAACAAAACUCGAAAAACACCACAAGCACUAAAUACUCUUUUUUUCUUCACCCAGUUAGAAUUUUAUGAGCUAGGGCAGGAGGAGUAUAUUGAAAAAAUUGUAAAUUAUUUUUUUUUAUGUUGUAUUAAUAGUUAUUGUAUGAAAUAUAAUGUUUUCAGUUUA